AUGGAUUCCUUACUCACAUUUGCAACCUCCUACCCGUCUCAAUGUAUCUCCCCAUCCCUUCUCCGUAGCCUGUCAGCCCGUGGAUUGGCAACUCUACAGGACUUUGGUAGUUGGCAAAUCCCUCCACAUCCCGCUCCGGCUCUCCCCUACGUCUUCCAAAUGAACACGCCUGCACACCAAUUACUGAAUGAUCAUUAUAACCCCAUCCAACAAGCCCGCAUUCACACCUUACUUGACACGCUCUCGCUCUCGGGCAUUGCAUACGCCGACCCAUCUCUCGCUACUCCCUGUACCGUGCGACGGCUUGAAGCCGAAGCACUUAUCACCGCCCUGUCACAAUACUCGAACACACCCCGCUUACCACUUGCUGACGAGUUAACAGGGGUUGCGGCAUCAGAUGCAUCGUGCAUACCAGCUACGGCGGCAUUACAUGAUCCACGCUCCGUCACUCUCUCGGUCGUUACACAGAAUCACGCCCUCACCGCGUCCCUUCGCUUAUUCCAUCACCCCUGCUCUAUUCUUCAUGGCGAGGUCUAUGCCCUUGUCGUAGCGCACGUACUUCACGCUCUCCUAAACCCUACCACGCCUACCAUCCUCUACUCCGACCAUCAGAACUCCGUACGCCUCAUCUCAGACUUCGCCGUACCCACGUUCGAACCCCGUCGCCUCGAUGAUAUCCAGGGUCGCUCUCUUUACCACUGGCUUCGUACCCUUCGGUCAUCUUCACCCUUAUCACAUCGGCCCUUACAACUCCAGUCCGUUCGCGCUCAUACAGCUGAUACCUCCUCACCCUCCCGUGCGAAUGCCCAGGCAGAUACAUAUGCCUCAUCCUCUCACCAUCUACCAUUUGCUACACCAUCUCUACCCGUCCCGACUUUAACCAUGGACACGUACAUGCCCUACACCCCUCGCGACGGUUACAUCGAGCAUGCGCUCGUGCCGCUAAUCACUCACUUCCUCGCGCAGAUCGCCGCCCGGCCUCGUACCUUCGCUCCCGCCCGCUCCAUGUCACCCGCCCUAUACGACCAACACAACCAUCCAGCGUACCCGUACACACGCGCGCCUAACACUUUCUCCGCCGCGGUCCAGCUGUACGCUCGCUCGUCGCAGUUGGCCACUGCUGACCUCCUGGUGACGCAUUUCCACGACCGCGAGCCGGUGUGCACGUACGGUUGCACCACACUCCCGGCCGAUGCGCAUCAUGUCUUCGUCGACUGCUCUACAUUCGCGCCGCUCCGCGCCCAAUGCACCGCGGACAUCUGCCGCGAGACGACUAGCCUGCCGCCGCAGAUGUUGCGCCACCCAUAA